AUGAAGCAGCAUGUGGAGGUGUUCCCUGACCAAAUGGACAGAUUCAUCCUUGUUCACUCGGUAAAUUUGGGAAUGUGCACUGUGUUACAAGACCGUCUUAGGCGCCUUCUUGAAGCAGUACCUUCCAGAGCCCGGCAGCAUCAGGAUCGGCCGCCCGUUGGCCCUGCGAUCCAAAUAAGCAACCCCACUGAAGAAACUGUUGUGGGGACUGAGGCUCAAGUUGAAGGAAUUGAGCACCAGAGAGUUGAGGAAAGAGUAGAUGGAAGUGCGAAACGGCGCAUAAUGAAAGGGGUGCAUCUAAUAGCUAAAGCAUUGGAGGAUGUGGAAGUAGGUACUCGUAAGCAUGGAACAGGCAGCGGAAAUUUUUUUGAGUGCAACAUAUGCUUGCGCAUAGCAAAAGAUCCUGUAUUGACUUGCUGUGGCCACCUGUUUUGCUGGACAUGCUUUUAUCGCUUGCCGUAUUCCUAUGGAGAUGCAAAGGAGUGCCCUGCUUGUGAUGGAGAGGUCAUUGACACUAACAUUACUCCAAUUUAUGGCAAUGCGAGUGGCAGUGGCAAUUCUGAUGCAGCUUGUUCGACAGUUCCUCCUCGCCCUGCUGCAAACAGAAUUAAUAGGUUUAGCUAA